AUGAAGUUCUUCGCCUCUACUACCACCGUCACUCUUCUCUCUCUCUUCCUGGCUGCAAUCUCGUUCUCCCAUAACGGUUUGGUAUCUGCCGAAGCUCUCGCUCCCCGCGCAUCUGGCAGUCCCUCUUGCACGUAUUCGUGCCCGACCCUCAAUCUCAAUGGAAAAGCGAUCGAUACCGUCGCUAGUUCCACUACUACUAGUGUCAGUUGUCUGUAUAAAUCUGCGAACGGUGUAUGCACGUACUCUAAGACCAGUGGGCUCCUUACCAAUAGCGCCAGUGGUGCCCCGGCUUCAUGCCCCACGGUCGGGACGAGUUCUUGCACAGCGACGAGGAAGCGUACGCCAUUGGACGAGAUCGUUGCGGCUAGGUCAUGGAAGCCAAGGUCCGCGAGGAGGUCUUCGAGCGAGUAGAUUUUGGAUGGAUGUGUUGUCGCACAGUCGCGUCUCAUUCGGCACUGCGCCAUUGGCAUAAAUGACUCUCACUGGUUAGCGAGAUCACGACGAGUCCGAAUGCAUACUUUGCUCGUGCUGCGAAUACCUUUGUUGUGCUGUCCGAUAUCUUACGUUCCUACUUCUUUCUCUGGCCUUCGAGAACUGUAGCUCGUUUACGAUACCCUUCCUAUCUGCCUUGACUCCCGUUUUUCUACCGGAGUGCGAAAAUGUACUCAGUCUAUCCAUGCUAGAUGGUUAUUACUUGAACUCCAGUACACUACAUAUCAGUUGCGUCGACUAUGGAGGGAACGACUGGGUUGGGACCACUAUAUUUGCCGGUGUCCUUCGUCCAGCGAGAUUCAGAGCCUUUUGGAGUACCGUACUGAAGACCUUCGUCAAUUUCCACAGCAGGAAUUAGUUGAACUGUAUAAUAGCAUACCC